AUGGAUGUCCAAGAUACGAAGAAUAUGGCCGAGCAACUGCAGACUGAACUGUUUCAACGCUGGAUGAAGAAAGGUCAGAUUCCCAGCGAAAUCUUCAAGAUGCUAAAUCUCGACCUUGCCGGAAACAAGCUGUUUACUAACCCGACGCUUGUCACGUGGAAGAAAUAUUUGAGUGCGUUCAACCGAGAGGACACCGACAAGAAAACUACAUUGUGGGCGACCCUGAGGGCUCACGGUUAUGACGACAAUAGCGCGCUAAAUGCUUCAGUACUGGCUGGCAGCUGGAAAAUAUCCGGACUACGUUUUUUCGCUGCUACGACUCAACAGAGCAGGAAACAACCUUCUGACUAA